UGGCCUUUCCGGGGAAUGAAAUGUUGUUUCCCGGAACAGAAAUACCGUCCAGACGUUUCUGAUUUGGCAAGUCAGAGAGGCUCUGACCGACCGGAAACUGCUGGUAGCAUCCGCUUCCUAGUUACUAUCCCAGGGAUGCCUGGAAAUUCAUUAUCUUCCCCUCUCUUGACAUUUAACUCUGGGAUAUGCUUCUCCUUUUCUUCUCCUGAUCUUGCAACAGCUGCAUCGGUUGUGAAUUUUCACUUAGUAAGGGGAGCUUGGCCCCUUCCUUUGUCAUGUAGGACAUGGGAGUUGCAUUCCACGGCCCAAACCAAUAACUUAGUCUUAAGCAAUGAAGAAAGGCCGACUUGGGAAGCAUGUAAACAAGCUCUUUCUGUGUUUAAAUUCAGCGCAGACGAGGAAGACAAAAUACUUGGCAAAGCAUUCGGCCAUGUUCACUCGCCUUACUGGGGCGAAGAAAGGAAAAAGGAAGUGCCAACUCUUGAACUUGUCAAUGAAACAUUGGACUAUCUGAGGAGCCUAACCCUGUCGGAUGAUGACAUUUCGAAGCUGCUCAAGAAGUUCCCUGAAGUUCUGGGUUGCAGUCUUGAAGACGAGUUGAGGACCAAUGUGCAGAUUUUGGUGGAGAAGUGGGGAAUAGAAGGGAAACCCCUUCGAAACCUCCUCCUUCGUAAUCCAAAACCACUGGGCUACAAUGUUGAUUGCAAGGGAGAUUGUAUGGCUCAAUGUACUCGUUGUUGGGCUCGAUUUUAGCUGCAUAAAUUCUCUUUGUAUAAGGGUCUUCGGAAGAUAAGAUCACAAAUAAAAAUGAUAUGUAGCCGACGAUAUCAUGAGAUGAGAUAAAAAUUUGAUA